AUGAAGGUGUUCGUUUGCGUUUUGGCCCUGGCCGCCGUAUUUAGUUACGUACAAGCUGGCGGUUGGUCUGGAGGAGGUGGAGGCGGAGGCGGCGGCGGAGGUCCUUGGAAAUCCGGAGGAGGAGGAGGCGGCGGUGGCCCCUGGAAAUCUGGAGGAGGUGGAGGUGGCGGAGGACCGUGGAAGUCAGGAGGUGGCGGAGGAGGAGGAGGUGGUGGUGGAUUCAAAAUAAUUAAAAUUAUCGUACCGAGUGGCGGCGGAGGCGGCGGAGGUGGUGGAAACCCCUGGAAAUCCGGAGGCGGAGGAGGCGGAGGCGGUGGUGGUCCAUGGAAGUCCGGCGGAGGCGGGGGCGGUGGUUGGAGUAGUGGAGGUGUGGCGGAGGAGGUGGAGGUGGAUGGAGCUCAAGCGGUGGCGGAUGGUAACCAAUCUCAAACCAUCAAGCAAAAAUUGUGGAACAAUACAGCUAUUAAACGUGAUAUAGUUUAG